GAGCCCAUGCGAGGUUCUGAUAGGUACUUAGGACCUGAGCGACUUGAAGUUUCUCCGAGAUUGAGCCUUAACCAGGCGCUGGAACCAGCCACCAGUCCUGCAAAGUGGGCGGGGUCCGGGAGAGUGACAGGGGCAGUCGAAAUACGGAAACGAGAGUCCUCCGAAGCAGACCAGAGCGGCCCUAUCGGGCCAGCGUGGCGCCGUGUAGUGAUAGACCAGCCGGCAGGAGGAGUGGAGUUGCCGAGGCCGGAGAGUGAUAGGAGGCGGGCUAGAGCGGCCGGAGGGAGGAGUGGAGCUGGACGCAAAGGCGGCCUCUGGCUCGGCUAGAGCGACUCUGCGGCGCGGGUGGGGGAACCCGGAGCUCGAGCGCGGAGGCUUCGGUUCCUGAGGCUGCAGUGGCUUGCUUGCUUCUCUUCCCAUCCGACAGCCCGGUGGAGUCCUGGAGAUGGGAGAAGUCCCCGGAGGGGCGGCCCCAGGGCCUCCGCGGUCUGGCCUGGUGUCCAUCAUCAUUGGGGCGGAGGACGAGGAUUUUGAGAAUGAGCUGGAGGCGAACUCAGAAGAUCAAAACAGCCAGUUCCAGAGCCUGGAGCAAGUGAAGCGACGCCCAGCCCACCUCAUGGCCCUCCUGCAGCACGUGGCCCUGCAGUUCGAGCCAGGACCACUGCUCUGCUGCCUGCAUGCAGACAUGCUAAGCUCACUGGGCCCCAAAGAAGCCAAGAAGGCCUUCCUCGACUUCUAUCACAGUUUCCUGGAGAAGACUGCGGUUCUUCGGGUGCCGGUCCCUCCCAAUGUGGCUUUUGAACUUGAUCGUACGCGGCCCGACCUCAUCUCUGAGGAUGUCCAGAGGCGGUUCAUACAAGAGGUGGUACAGAGCCAGCAGGCAGCCGUGAGCCGUCAGCUCGAGGACUUCCGCUCCAAGCGGCUCAUGGGCAUGACGCCCUGGGAGCAGGAGCUGAGUCUGCUAGAGCCCUGGAUUGGGAAAGACCGAAGCAACUAUGAGGCCCGGGAGCGGCAUGUUGCAGAGCGGCUGCUCUCCCACCUAGAGGAAAUCCAACAUACCAUCUCUACAGAUGAAGAGAAAAGUGCUGCUGUGGUCACCGCCAUCAGCCUGUAUAUGCGCCACCUUGGGGUCCGGACCAAGAGUGGGGACAAGAAGUCAGGGAGGAACUUCUUCCGGAAAAAGGUGAUGGGGAAUCGGCGGUCAGACGAGCCCCCCAAGACAAAGAAAGGGCUGAGCAGUAUCCUAGAUCCUGCCCGUUGGAACCGGGGAGAGCCAUCUGCUCCGGAUUGUCGACAUCUGAAGGUCGAGGCUGAUGCAGAGAAGCCAGGCCCUGCAGAUCGCAAGGGAGGCCUGGGUAUGUCUUCUCGGGACAGGACUGUUGGGACUCCCGGGCAGGACAACCCAGGAGUCUCCCUGCACCCUCUGUCUACAGACAGCCUUGACUCCCGGGAACCAGGUGUAGAUACCCCGCAGGAGCCAGGGGAUACACCCCAACAGGGCCCUACAAGCCUGGAGCCCCUGGUGCCUCCAGAGAGCACGGAGGACAGCGGCGAGACUGAGAGCCCCGAGCCCGGAGAUGAUGAGCCAGGACGAUCAGGCCUGGAACUGGAACCGGAAGAACCACCUGGGUGGAGGGAACUGGUGCCCCCAGACACCCUGCUCAGCCUGCCCAAGAGCCAGGUGAAGCGACAAGAGGUCAUCAGCGAGCUGCUGGUGACAGAGGCAGCGCAUGUGCGAAUGCUACGGGUACUCCAUGACCUCUUCUUCCAGCCCAUGGCGGAUGGUGGCUUCUUCCCUCUGGAGGAGCUGCAGAACAUCUUCCCCAGCCUGGAUGAGCUCAUUGAGGUCCACUCCCUGUUCCUCGAUUGCUUGAUGAAGAGGAGACAAGAGAGUGGCUACCUCAUUGAGGAGAUUGGCGAUGUGCUACUGGCCCGGUUCGAUGGUGCUGAGGGCUCAUGGUUCCAGAAGAUCUCCUCCCGCUUCUGCAGCCGCCAGUCAUUUGCUCUAGAGCAGCUCAAAGCCAAACAACGCAAGGAGCCUCGAUUCUGUGCCUUUGUGCAGGAAGCUGAGAGCCGCCCACGAUGCCGGCGUCUACAGUUAAAGGACAUGAUCCCCACUGAGAUGCAGCGACUGACCAAGUACCCACUGCUGCUGCAGAGCAUUGGACAGAACACAGAAGAGCCUGCAGAACGGGAGAAAGUGGAGCUUGCAGCCGAGUGCUGCCGUGAGAUUCUGCACCACGUCAAUCAAGCCGUCCGUGACAUGGAGGACCUGCUGCGGCUCAAGGAUUACCAGCGGCGGCUGGACCUGACUCACCUGCGGCAGAGCAGCGACCCCAUGCUGAGCGAGUUCAAGAACCUGGACAUCACUAAGAGGAAGUUGGUCCAUGAAGGCCCCCUCACGUGGCGAGUAACCAAAGACAAAGCUGUGGAGGUGCACGUGCUCCUGCUGGACGACCUGCUGCUGUUGCUCCAGCGCCAGGACGAGAGGCUGCUCCUCAAGUGCCACAGCCGGACGCUGACACCUACGCCUGACGGCAAGACCAUGCUGCGGCCCGUCCUCCGGCUCACCUCUGCCAUGACCCGAGAGGUGGCCACCGAUCACAAAGCUUUCUACGUCAUUUUUACCUGGGACCAGGAGGCCCAGAUAUAUGAGCUGGUGGCACAGACAUCGUCGGAACGCAAGAACUGGUGUGCCCUCAUCACUGAGACUGCCGGAUCCCUCAAGGUCCCUGCCCCUGCCUCCCGCCCCAAACCCCGGCCCAGCCCAAGCAGCACCCGAGAGCCCCUGCUCAGCAGCUCUGAGAACGGCACUGGAGGCACAGAGAUCGCCCCAGCUGAUGCCCGGACAGAGCGGAUCCUCAGCGACCUCCUGCCCUUCUGCAGACCAGGCCCAGAGGGCCAGCUUGCUGCCACAGCCCUUAAGAAAGUACUGUCCCUGAAACAGAUCCUGUUAAGCACUGAGGAAGAGAGUGGAGCGGGGGCUCCCCGAGAUGGGGAUGGGGUACCUGGUGGCGGUGGUGCCCCGGGCCGCGAGCACACCCGGGAGAUUGAGGAAAACCUGCUUAGCCUAGAAGCGGCCAUCAGACAGCUGGAGGAGUUAGAAGAGGAAUUUUGUCGCCUGAGACCCCUCCUGUCUCAGCUUGGGGGGACUCUGUCCCCCAACCUGGCUGUGCCUGAGCACUCUCCUCAGACAGGCCUUUCAUGAAGAGAAGAGAAGGGGAGAGGAUGCGAGGGGCCCCCACCCCCACAGCUGCCACAGCAUCUCAUACCCCAGAGGCCUUGAGCAGAGGGAGAUUGGCUGAACUUGAUAGUGGACCUGCUCCGGCUCCUGCCUCCCACCCUGGCCUCUGCCUUUCUCCCGCCUGCCUUCUGCUUGGGCGACUCAGGGAUUCACUCCCAGAGUACCCCCAUAAUCCCCACUUUUCAGGCCAUCUCAGUAUUGCCUAUGGGGGGGGUCACCCCUCCAUCCUCUACCCCAAGUGCCUUUGCUCUGUUUUUAUAUUCUGAAUUGGAGGUUUAUUUUUAAUAUAUAUUAUCUAAGGAGA